AUGUCGGAUGAAGGGGGUUCUGCAUCAGCUGGUUAUACAACUAUGAAGCCAGGGUAUAGCCACUCACUUAAAGUGGCAAUCGAUACUUUACCAAUGGUUCUGGCUGAGAAGCAGUUUUUGCAGGAUGAGUCUUACGACAUAUCCCCCUCCAUUGCCAAUACAGCCUAUGCGGGAGUUUACCACAAUGCCGGCAACCUCGAGUAUGCGGCCUUGAGUUUCACAACCGGAAUGUCUUAUCAUAAAUCUGUGGUUAGACCAACCAGUGCUUUUGAUAUUGAUAGUAUUCUCGCAUUUCCCUCCAGUCUUGCUGUGGCCAGAAAUGGUAUAAGUGUAUGCUUCACUCCCGGCCAGUAUCGCAACAUUGACUCCGACUUGCAUAUCGAUGUUCCCUUCCUAGGACGCCGGAGUAAUGGGCCAGGACCUCGACUCCCACAAACAAUCGCAAUCCGUAAGGUUCCUCAUUUCCACUUAGGGCACUUGUAUGGCCAGAAUGACUAUACCCUAUAUCUCCUAUUUCCGAACUUAAUUGACCCAACAGGUAAAUCAAACAUCCUUACUGGUUAUGAGCUUGAGAGGUUCAUGGACAACAUUAUGCUGCCGGCAAUAUAUUCCUCCUGUCCAGCAUCACUUCUGCAGCAUCUUCCGGGUAGUUUUGAACAAGCACACCUUGCAAGUAGUGUUGGUGUUACUGGCAUGCAAGGAAUUCCAAACUCCGGCAGUGAGGGGCGGAAACCAUUUUUCUAUACUAUCCCAUCUCGCUACCUUGCUUCCAUAUGGGAUACGAUAUUACAGCUUGUAUUAACACCAGGGCUGCAUAACUAUGGACAACCACAAAUAUUUAUCAAUGCCAAGAAUCUAAAAUUAGGAUGUAGUGGAAGUGACCUUGAGGAACUUAUUGCUCAUUUCAUGACAUCUUGGAAUCGCUCAUGUGAUAGGAGUUUUCUUACAAAAGAGAAACUUUGGAUCGACAUUGGUAGCGAAUUAGUCCAUGAUAAGGAGGCAACACAACAAGAUAGGCACGACAUAAUGGGUGCACCCUCUGGACUUGAGAAGAGUUAUUUUAUGUUUUUUUUGGCGCCAGUGCUGCUUGCAAUGUCUGGAGGCCUCCUUUCGAGACCUUUACCCGGGGGACCGUUACUGCAGUUGCUACUAUACAUAAUGUCUUACACAGGAGUUAGCCAAUUUAACCAUGGAGCCGGGAAAGCGACAUCCUGCACGGGCGCAUGGCUUUGUCUACUCACAAUUUUACGCUACUAGCAAGGAGAUCUUC